AUGCCCUCACUCUUUCAGUCCGCCCGCCUCACUUAUCGUUCCUUCCGCACCCGUGACUUUGACGAGUGGUGCGAAUCUUGGAACGACCCCGAGAUUCAGGAUGGCGGAAGUCCUAGCUUCAUCAAACCCGUCGACGAGGAGAGCCUGAAAACGAAAGUCAAGACCUGGAGCGAGUCUUGGCCGCUCUUCCUCGUGAUCGCGGACACUGAGACUGACGAGUUCGUGGGCUGGAUUGCUUUGACCUGGGCGAAGCCGCGCGAUGGCGAACUGGGCAUGUUCGUGAAGCGAAGUCGGUGGGGGAAAGGAUACGGCUCGGAGAUGUGCACUUGGGUCGUACAGCACGCCUUCAACUUCCUGGACGCCCAUCGGGUCUCGCUUGUUGUCUACGAGUCCAAUAGUCGAGCAAUUUCAUUGUACAAGAAAGUGGGGUUUGUGCAUGAAGGUGUCAAAAGAAAGGCACGCUUUGCCCAUGGGCGCUGGGAGGAUGUCAUCCACAUGGGUAUCUUGGACGAGGAGUACUUUCAGAAGGGUGGAAACAAUUCAUGA